GUUUUCCGACACUAUCCGAACAUAGAGGCGGAAGUGCCCGAGGCUGACGUCACGCAGCGGAAUCGGCCGAGUUCGGUCGUCUAGCGCCCCGCGGCCGGUGUCUCCUUCUUUUGCCCCAAUUAGUGGGGAUUCGAGACACGGAUCAUGGCGGAGCUGGAGGACGUAACGCUGGACGGGAGACCGCUUGACAGCCUUCGGGUUACAGACUUGAGGGCGGCACUGGAGGAGCGAGGGCUAGCGAAAAGCGGCCAAAAGAGCGCACUCAUGAAGCGACUUAAGGGGGCUCUGAUGCUGGAGAACCUCCAGAAGCAUUCUACUCCUCACACUGGAUUCCAGCCAAACUCCCAGAUGGGGGAGGAGAUGGGACAGAACAGCUUUAUUAAACAGUAUCUAGAAAAACAGCAAGAGCUCCUACGACAGCGUCUACAAAGAGAAGCCAGAGAAGCAGCAGAAACUGAAGAACACACGGCUGAGUCGGAAGAUGAGGCUAUGCACACUGAGAUUGUCCCAGAGCCUCCCGAUCUUUUUCGCUCUGUUCUGAAAAUGCCGGAAGUUCCUGUGGAAAAGCGCACACCAAAAAAAUGUCGACCAGUUUUAGAAGAUCCCGAAGAUUCGGAAGAAGAGGUUCCUCGAAAGCGGGAGAGGAGAUCAUCCCGAGUAAAGCAGGCUAAAACCUUGAAGCCACCUGUGUUUGUUGAGCCAGCACAGGAACAAGAGCAGCGGAGAACAUCCACAAGGGCGCGCAGGUCUAAAGGAGAUACACCAGCAGCAAAAGAAGAAUUAGAGGGAGUGGGUGCAGAGGAGGAGGAAGAAGAAGAGAUUGAAGAAGACAAGGAAAUAAAGGUUGCUAGAGGAGAGGAGGAGGUUCCCAAAAGGAGAAGAUCUACAAGAGCGACCACACCUCAGCAGCACAAGAAGUCACCUGUUGUUAGACGUUCACCCUCACCACCGGAGUUAACAGAGACUGAAGCAAAAUCCAUUGCCCUUGGUGUAGAAGUAACAGAAGACCGUGUUCCCCCAAUGCUUUCCCUAGAGGGUGUUAAACACCAAAUAUCUGCAGAAACACAGAUAUCCCCCGUGUCUGAAAAGGCAGGAUCAGUUAAGCUUUUACAGACAGAGGGUUCUCACUGCCAUAGGUCCCCACAGAAAAUGGGCCGCCAGGCCCGAGAGAAAACAGAAGGGGCAUCGGAGCAAGUUGCACGACGACACCCAGAAUCAUCAAUUAUCCGGCAGACACCUAGCUGGCACAAAGAACCUGAGAACACUAAAGCUAUGUUACAGGGUUCAACUAAUGAAACAGAUGGGAUUACCAUGAACAUCAUUGAAGGUGCCACCUCCAAGGAUAUAAAAGCAAGGUCUCCACUGGUUCUAAUGAGGCCUCCAGUUCGUACACAACCAGAAGUAAUUACUUCAGCAGGUGAGCAAAGCCUACAUAUAGUGGAAAAGUCAUCUGGGAGAGGCGUUCUUGCCAUGUCAAUAUCAGAGAAGCAAGAUCCAGAAUCCCAAACCACUAAUGAAAAAGAUACCCUUCCUUUGCAAGCAGUCAGUCCUGCAGUGGAGCAUUCAAAACAGUUGCAUUUGUCUCUAUUACAGAAGCCAGACAUGGAUAAGGUAGAUGUAAGCUCACCAGUAGCCAUUCAGGAUUUAUCUGAAACAGAGGUUCCUCAAGUAAUAUCUCCAGUUUCUUCAACUGGCUUAACAAGAAUGAGAAAACUAAAGAUUAGGACAUCAAUUGGAACUAAUGAUCAACCUGAAUCCAGCACAGCAACACAAUCAGCAUCUCUCCACAGCCAGCAGGAAAAGCCAACACUAGAUAACACCAAUAAGUCGCCUGAAAUUUUGGUUCAGAGUAGCAUUCACAGGUUAUCUAAGUUGCACAAGCCAAAAAUAACACCAUAUGAGGAAACGCAAGCACCUCCGCAUAGAGAGGCUGAAGUCACCUCUCCAAUGAUGGCACCAGAUUUGUCCAGUUUCAAACAUAUAAGCACAGACUGCACUGCUCCUGAUUCAAAAAAGCGAACUGAAAAAACAGACUUUGGUGUUUCCAAUUUAGCCGUCAAGGAAACACCAGAGGGAAGGACUGAAAGCAGUAUUCAAAUCUCCCCUGAUUAUAAAAUCAAGGAAGAUACCCAUACGUUGCAUCAGUCAAAAGAAGAACAGCCAUCGGUGAUUACAGUUGGUAACACUGAAGACACUUCUAUGGAAACGACAUUCGAACCGGAAGCCAAGUCAAAUAUCCCUGAGAUACCAGCCUUGGUGAUAUGUGAAAAUGUCAGCACUGUAGAGGAUAAUGCUCAUGUAUUCAAACCAGCUCAGGCAGUAACUGAUAGAAUCCCCGAAGCUGUUGCGUUGCCGGUAGACAUGACAAUAGUUAAAACACUUACCAGCGAAUCCACACCUGUGGCUCAGGUUCCUCUAAUGCUUGAUGAAAAAGUGGAUGUUCCAGAUUUACGCCAAGAUGCAUCACAAGAUGGAGAGUCCAUAACAGCGAGUGAAAGUUUGGGCAUUCCUCUAAAUUUCCAAGAUGAGCCAACAGAAGCAUCAAGUGUUGCAAGAAAUGUAGUACCAGUAGUUUUAAUAAAUGAACAGUGCAUUACUCCUAUCUUCCCAGAAGUGUCUCACAAAACAGAGAUGUUUGAUCAGGGAACUGAUCAACCAAUGCCAGAAAAGGACAGGAUGUGCGAUAUUGUUCAUGUACCUCAGGAGACUUCCAUAAUUAAGCAGAUAGCUCCUGAACUGGAAACGCAGAAAGACAGGAAUUCCUCCCUUAGUGAAACACCUGAUAGUGCUGUAAUUAACAGUGCGCCUGCUAUAAUUGAAACAGCUGUUCUUAUUGCAUCAAAUGCUAUUACGGAAGAUGUUGUUGAGGAUGUCCCUGUACAGUUGCAUGGAGUAAUUGAAGGCCCCAUGGAUGUCGAUAAAACUACUGAUAUGGAUAUAUCAGAAGAUGUAUGUACAGAUAUUACCAAAAAUGCAGUCCAUACUGAGAAAUCGGAAGAAAAAUCUGCUGAUACAGACAAUAGAGAUGAAGAAAAACAUUCUCAAAUGCUGGUUUCAGAGGUCGUUCCAGAUAUACAUGAACCUGCUGAACUUAUCCCUUCUGCCACGCAGGAUGCUCUUCAAUUAGACAAAGGCAAAGACGACCGUGUUUCGGAUGCACUAGAGCAUUCUGGAGUUCGAGAUUGGGAACACUCAACAGGUGCCAAGGAACUUGCUGAACGUGCAGAAUCAGAGGAGGGGACCAUAUUCGCUUCAGAAUUGGAAAAAAUGGAGCAUGGAUCCUCUGAUGGCCAAGAAGAUUUUGAAAUGUUGGCAUCCAAGAUUACCACAGACGUGCCGGUAAUCUCUGAAGUGCCAGAUGACACAAGUUCAACUGCCAAUGAUUUGUCUUCAGUUGAUCACCAAACAGUCACCCCUGUUACUGCCCAUGCAUCUUCAGAAUUGGAGGAAGCAGAAGGUGGUUCUGCAGAUGAAAAUACACACUCUAAACUUACUACAGGCAUCCAGGAACCAAGUGAGCAUGAAGCAGAAAAGACCCCUUUAUCUGUCCAGGAAACCAGUAAUUUAAAUAAGAGAGAAACAUCUGAGCAGGUAAUAGCAGAGCAGAUAUCUUCCUCAGCAGUCCUGGAAACAGACAAAGUAGUUGUUUCUGGAGACCAUAAUGAAACUAUUGAACCAGAAGGUUGCAGAGCAGUUGCAUCUCCAGGACCAAUCCUUCAAGAAACCCCCAAAAAUGUUAGUUUAUUUCUUCCACAGGAAGUACGCCAUGAUGAGUCUGUCAUGCUUCCAGUACAUGCUUAUGAUGAGGAAAAUUCCAAUAUUGCCGAUUCUACAACAAUCAUGGAAGAGCAGACUCCUAGUAUGGAUAUUACAUCAGAACAAACUCCUGUGACAGAGUGCCUUAGUGAUACAUCUACUACCCUAGAGUGUGUUCCUGGAGAACUAGAAGGGAAGACUACUGUAGCCCCUGAUUAUGCACAGAGUGAAGUUGUUUUAGACCAUCGUAGGAGCGAGGGCAGUUUUUCUCCAACACACCCAACCACAAAAAUAACACGCUCUGGGGAAGAGCAGCAGGAUUUUAGUGUGGUGGAAGUGGCAGAACCUGUGGAGGAGGGAGAGCCAGAGCUUACAUUUAGAGAAUCAUCGCGAAGGAGAAGAUCCUCCUCAUCUUCCUCCUCUACCUCCACCUCCUCUUCUUCACGGUCAUCACACUCUUCUACAGACACGUCAUCCCGCUCCAGGCAGCGUUCCCGCUCUAAAUCCUCUUCUCCUGAGAAGACAAAACUGAGAUCACGCUCUUCAUCAUCAUCUUCAUCAAAGUCUUCAUCGUCAUCACACAGUGAUAAGGCAAUUUCUGGCUGUCCCACACAAAUGCAACCUGAUGAUUUCCAGUCUCCAAUGUCUAUGGCCUCCUCACUCCCAGAGGCAUCUCAAGUUCUACCUAGUCCCUCUCCACCUCAUCCCUCAACACAAGUGCAGCGUGAAGCAUUAUCCCGAUGGGACUCGCCCUUGCUGCCAGUCUAUGGGGAACGCAGGCAGUUGCAUGACCCUUCUGAGCAAGUGCAAACUAAAAAAAUGAGAUUAGAGGAGCCUGAAGAACAGGACCAAAAAUGUCCGGUGUCAGGAGGGGAACAGGAGGUGGAAGAGGUGCAGAGCCCCGGAGAACACAUUGUUGCACCAGAGACGGAAGACUCUGUGAUGGAGGCAUCUGACAAUCAGACAGAAGGGGAGCUCCAGGAACCUGCGUCUUCUCAACCUUUAGAGGAGUCUUGCGACGUGGAUGACAAAAAAGAGAGUACAACUACACCAAGAACUUUCAAGAGGAAGAUCUCUGUUCUAUCUGCUACUAAAAGUUCCAGUCAGCCUCCAGCAGCAUCGUCCGCAAACAGCGAUAGUGAAGGAGCUCAUCCUGCUAGACGCAGGCGCUGGGGUGCCAGCACCGCCACCACUCAGAAAAAGCCUUCUAUAAGUAUUUCAACGGAGUCUUUGAAGAGUCUUAUGCCAGAGAUUAAAGAAAUCAAACAGGAGGCGGUAGUGGAUCUUCAUGCAGAAGACACACACAUUUCAGAAGAUGAGGUUGAGAGGAAUGGAGAUGAUGGCUCCCAUGAUAAAGGCCUUAAAAUAUGCCGGACAGUCACACAGGUUGUGCCAGCAGAAGUCCAGGAAAAUGGUCAGGAACCGGAAGAUAGAGAGCCAGAAGAAGCUGCUAUUACAGAGCCAGAGUCUGUUCCCAUGGAGACAGAAGUUGUUGCUCCCAUUAUCGAGCAGGAAGUGAAAAAGCCUCUUCCAGAGAGCCCAAGUCAAGCAGAAGUCAGAGUCACAUUGGGCGAUACCCUUCUGAGGAGAUCGAUCAGUCAACAAAAGACCGGAGUCUCCAUCACUAUAGAUGACCCUGUCCGUACCGCGUGUCAACUUCCAUCUCCACCUCGACAUAAAAUAAGCUGUAUUGUACAUAUCUGUAACUUGGUCCGGCCUUUCACUUUGGGGCAGCUGAAGGAGUUGCUAUCACGCACCGGUACUUUAGUGGAAGAGAGCUUUUGGAUUGAUAAGAUCAAAUCUCAUUGUUAUGCAACGUACUCCACUGUAGAAGAAGCCGUUGCUACCAGAAACUCCCUGCACGGAGUUAAGUGGCCACAGUCUAACCCGAAAUUCUUAUCUGUGGACUUUGCUGAGCAAGAUGAGCUGGAUUUCCACAGGGGGCUACUUCCUGAAAGGCCCCAGGACCCCAAACCUGAGGAGCCACCUCACUCACAUCCCCAUCCGCAUAUUCCCACCCCACGGGGCGAACAUAAAGAACAUGAACGAGGUGUAAGAGAGCAGUGGGCAGAGCGAGAACGAGAGAUGGAGAGGAGGGAGCGCACUCGAUCAGAAAGGGAGUGGGACAGAGACAAGGUCCGAGAAGGCCCUAGAUCACGAUCCAGAGACCGAAGGCGCAAAGAACAUGCUAAAUCAAAAGAGAAGAAGAAUGAAAAGAAAGAAAAAGUACAGGAGGAACCCCCAGCAAAACUUCUGGAUGACUUGUUCCACAAAACCAAAGCUGCUCCGUGUAUAUACUGGCUGCCGCUAACAGAAGAGCAGGUUUUAAAAAAGGUUGCGGAUCGGGCAGAACGCGCAAAGGAGCGUGAAAAACGCCGUAAGGAGCAAGAGGAGCAGGAAGAGGAGGAAAGAAAAGAGCGAGCAAAGGAAAGGGAGAAGGAAGCUGAGCGUAACAGAGACCGAGCACGUGAAGCUGAGAGAGAAAAGAGACGAGAGCACAGCAGAGAGCGUCCCCGUGAGAGAGAACGACGGGAUCCCAAGAGACACAGCAGAAGCCGAAGCAGGAGCACACCAGUUAGAGAUAGGGGGGGACGGCGCUGAGCGGGUAGUAUUCUACCCGUACGCCCAUCACCCUGCAGACCUCCUGAAUGCUUUGGGCAUGUCCUGGAGAGGCAGAAUUAAUGGCUCAAAGUUCUGCAAACAUGUACAGCGGCAAAGUUGUUAGUGGAGCACAAUGACUCUUCCAUGUGGAAAAGGUUUAAAUGCAGGGGAUUUUAAGCUCCUCCCAAAGGCAUCUGGAAGCCUGUAUUAUGCUUCCAGAUCCCGUUGGCAUCUCUGGCUAUGUAAAGCUAUUUCCUGCCCUCCUGAUCUCUCCUAUUUCCAAGCUUUAUGGGUGUAGAUUUACAGAAUGUGAUCCUAUGCUCAAUAAUGCUUCUGAACAGUUUGUGCAAUGAGGGUCCCUCUCUGUUUACCCCCUGCCAAAUAGCUAGGAAACCAUUGCUAAGCUGGCAGGAAUGGGGUUACUAUUCCUCCUUUUUGCCACAAGUGGCACCUUCCCAAUAAAUCCUAUUUUUUUUUUUCCCCCCCGUUUUUAAUUUUUUUUUUUUUAUUAUAAAUGAAGUGGAUUAUCAGAAAAGAAUAAAAUUCUGCGUUAGUUUUA